AUGGCUAUGAAUAUUCCAAAGUCCGGUUAUAACCGGUUUAUGAAAGAAGGAGCUCAACAUUUCAAAGGAACCGAUGAGGCUGUCCAAAGAAAUAUUGACGCCGUUGUUGAGCUUGCUUCCCAAAUUCGAUCCGCUUACGGUCCAAAUGGAAUGAACAAAAUGGUAAUUAACCACAUUGAAAAAUUGUUCGUUACUAACGACGCCGCAACAAUCCUGAAGGAGCUUGAGAUUCAGCAUCCAGCUGCCAGAAUUGUCAUCAUGGCUACUGAAAUGCAAGAAAAGCAAGUAGGAGACAACACAAACACUGUUGUUAUUCUUGCUGCUGCUCUUCUUGAGCACGCAGCUCAUCUCAUCAAUAUGGGAAUGACACCGCAAGAAGUUGCGGCAGGCUAUGAACUAGCUGCUGAGAAAGCUCUUGAAAUUCUGCCGACUCUUGUUGUUAAGGAAGCUGCGGAUUUGAAGGAUAUCAAUGAGGUUCGCCAAUAUUUGAGAUCGGCAAUCACCUCCAAGCAAUACGAUAAUGAAGACAUCAUUGCCGAUCUUGUUGCAAAGGCUUGCGUCACCACUGUUCCAUCAAACAGUUACAACUUCAACGUUGACAACAUCAGAAUCUGUAAAAUCAUUGGAACAGGAGUUAGCAACUCGAAGGUGAUGAAUGGUAUGGUAUUCAAGAGAGGCGCCGAAGGAGAAGUCAAAUCGGUGACUGAUGCCAGAAUUGCCGUUUACACGUGUCCGUUUGAUUUGACUCAAACUGAAACAAAAGGAACUGUCCUCAUUGAGAACGCUGAUGAAUUGAUGUCAUUCUCAAAGGGAGAAGAGGGCGAGGUUGAAGCUCAAGUCAAAGCCAUCGCCGACAACGGAGUGAAUGUUGUUGUUGCUGCUGGAAAGUUUGGUGAUCUGUAUGUACAUUUCUUGAACAAGUACAAGAUCAUGGCUGUUCGGCUUACCUCGAAGUUUGAUCUUCGUCGUCUCUGCAGAACAGUUGGAGCUCAACCGCAAGCUCGAAUUUGCGCACCGGCAGUGAAUCUUCUUGGAACCUGCGACAAGGUCGAGGUUACUGAAAUCGGAGACGAAAACGUUGUUGUCUUUGAUAAGAAGAGCGAAAAAGGAAAAGUUGCGACAAUUAUCAUUCGUGGAUCUUCUCAAUCAAGAAUCGAUGAUGUUGAAAGAGCCGUUGAUGACGCCGUCAAUACUUACAAAGCAAUCACCAAGGAUCCUAAGCUUCUUGCUGGUGCUGGAGCUGUUGAAAUUGAACUUUCAAAGCAAAUUGAGUCUUAUGGAGAAAAAACACCUGGACUUGAACAAUAUGCUAUCAAGAAGUUCGCGCAUGCCUUGGAGACUUUGCCAAAAGCAAUAGCUGAAAACGCCGGAAUGAAUACAACUGAGACUUUGACGAACUUAUAUGCUGCCCAUGUUAGUGGAAAGAAGAAUCACGGAAUUGAUAUCUGGAAGCAACAGCUCAUGGAUGCUGUUGAAAACAAUAUUUUCGAUUUGUACGCUGGAAAGCGAUCCGCAAUUAAGCUUGCGACUGAUGCUGCUUGUACUAUUCUCAAGGUUGACCAGAUUAUCAUGGCCAAGCAGGCGACUGGCGGUCCAAAACCAAGAGGACCAAAACCACAGGACGAGGAUGAUGAUGGAAUGGCAUAA